UUCUAUUAUCAAAAAUCAGUUAAAUUUUAGUAUUUCUUUCUUCUAUAUUUUUAUUUAUCCAAACCAAUAAAAUUUCUUCCCAACUUCUAUCCUGUUUCUCUUCGAUCUUUCUAACUUUAAAAAAAUCAAUUCACUAAGAUCAGGUACAUUUCUUUCUUGUGAAGUUGUGAAUUUUCCUCCGAAAAAAAUUGGGGAGUAAGUGAUAAAUUAGAAAACCUAAAGUCCUUUCUCCGUCACACUUCAAUCUACACCCUUAAACCUACCCCUCCGCCGUUCACGUCCGGCACUGCCACAUCCUUCACCUUUUGCACGAACAGGUAAGAAGAUGGAGGCAGAGAUAAUGGAGGCAGAGCUAGUGUUACCAAACUAUCUCAGUUUUAAGAGAAUUCAAAUGUAUGACAAAUACCCUAAAGGUCAAUCCAGAGGCAGGCACUGGAAGCAUCUUAAGCAGAUUAUUCAGGCUGAAAAUUACCAGAAUUACCCUCCCGAUGAACCCAAUUAUGUGAAUAUUGAGUCACCCCCUUCUAUGCGUCCUUGCAAGAGAAUUUGCGAUAUUACAGGCUAUGAAGCACCUUACUAUGAUCCUAAAACUAAUCUCCGGUAUGCAAAUACUGAUGUUUUCAAGAUGAUCAGAUCGCUUCCUAAUGAGCAUGUGCAAAGAUACCUAGCUAUGAGGAAUGCGGCAAUUGUUCUUAAGUAAUUAUGCAUUUCCCCUGACUUCUUGAAACUUAUUCUUAUUUCUUAAUGUUUUUUUUAUCAGAUCCUAAUCAUGGAUCUUUCUAGUAUAAAUUUUACUCCGUAAUUUUGGAACUAAUUCCAUAAAAAAAUUACUCAAUCAACACAUGUUAAUGUAUUUAAUAUUUAUAUGUAGAGUUUAAUAGUAUUGUAUUGUCUGCGUACAACUAUUUUACACCGACAUUAAUGUAUUUAAUAUUUAUAUGUAGAGUUUAAUAGUAUUGUAUUGUCUGCGUACAACUAUUUUACACCGACAUUCAAUAAAACUUUAUGAUUGUGUCACACAA